CUGAUGAACUCUGGGACCACUGCAACAGUGGCCCUGCUCCGGGAUGGUAUCGAGCUGGUUGUGGCAAGCGUGGGAGACAGUCGUGCUCUGCUGUGUCGAAAGGGAAAGGCCAUGAAACUCACCAUUGACCACACUCCAGAGAGAAAAGAGGAGAAAGAAAGGAUUAGGAAAUGUGGUGGCUUCGUUGCCUGGAACAGUGUGGGACAACCUCACGUGAAUGGUAGACUUGCAAUGACACGAAGCAUAGGAGAUUUGGAUCUUAAAAACAGCGGUGUGAUAGCCGAGCCAGAAACAAAAAGGGUUCAGUUACACCAUGCAGACGACAGCUUCCUGGUCCUUACUACAGACGGAAUUAACUUCAUGGUGAACAGCCAGGAGAUCUGCAACUUCAUCAACCAGUGCCACGAUCCUGAGUUGUUACUGAGCAGGCAGUGCAAUUUGGCACCGAAGACAACAGCACGGUUGUCAUAGUGCCAUUUGGAGCCUGGGGAAAAUACAAAAACAGUGAGAUCAACUUCUCCUUCAGCCGCAGUUUUGCUUCCAGCGGGAGGUGGGCGUGAAGACCUGCCCCAGCUAUCUUUUCCCGCUGUAACCUGGACACGGUGCGCUACAGGAGAACA